AUGACGGCGAAUGACUUCUACUGGGCUAUUCAAUCAUCAUCCAAAGGCCGGUCCAGCGGCCUUGACGGUCUACCAGUCGAAUACUAUCAGCUCAACCCGCAUUCUUGGGCACGUAUUUUUGAACUCGUGUACGCGAACCAGUUUAGUCUGGGGCGCAUGACUAAAUUUCAGAGGCGUGCCUCUAUAUCUCUGCUCUACAAGAAAGGUGAUCGUAGUGAUCCUGGCAACUACCGUCCGAUUACUCUCCUCAACCAUGAUGCCAAACUUGGUCCUAAAAUAUUGGCUCAUCGGUUGCGCGACGUGCUACCUCAGGUACUUCACGAGGACCGAACUGGAUUUGUCUCGGGUCGUUCGAUCCGUCACUCUCUUCUACGGUUCCAGGACCUUCAACAAUUUUGUACAUCUACUGGAAUGACGCGUGCGGGCGCGAUCCUUCUUGAUUUUGCCAAGGCCUUUGACAGCGUUCUCUGGCCGGCUCUGAGCUUAGUGCUCGGCCAUCUAGGCUUUGGCCCUAAUUUUCAACGUCAUGUGAAGACCUUCUAUUCUGGGACUCUGGUUACAAUUCUGGUUAAUGGUCGAGCCAGUCGCUUCUUCGAGCUCGGUUGCGGGAUGCGGCCCAUUUCGUCGCGGCUGUUCGCUCCUACGCCAACGCUGUUGGACUUACACUGA